GGAAAUAGAAAGUUUUGCCGGUUGGGGGAGCAAUACGGAAAAAGUGAGCCGAGGAGAGAACCGCAGGGAGCGGGCGAGGCUGCCCGGAUCGCGGCAGCGGGCGGGCAGCAGCAGGAUGUCAUCAGAGUCUACUUUCUGAUGAAAUAGGCCUGGGCUGAUUGUUUAAGGAACAAACGCCACUCUGACUCUGAGAUGACACAGAGCUUGAAGGGCUCGCUGGAGACCCGUGCUGCUCCAUUACUCUGGAACCACUGAUCACUCAGAGGAUGCACUUGACACCUUUUUUCGUCAUACUCUCUGUCCCAAGAGACUGACUUCAAUGGGGAAUCUCCAAGGCUCCCACAUCCAUCAGCUUCCAGUUGAGUUUGUCUUCUGGGGACCUCUGGCAGGAAAUCCAGAUGUCAUCAUUGCCAAGAAGAGCAAAAGUACAGGUUCAGACUGCAGUAUUGAAAGAUGGAUUUCCUUUCUUCUCUGAGUUAUCAUCUGCCUCUGAAGAUGACAAGGAAGAUAGUGCCUGGGAGCCCCAAAAGAAAGUUCCUAGAACCCGUAAGCAGCCUGCUCCCAAGGAAUCUAAACCAAAGAGGGUAUCUCGGGUGAAGAAUAUGCCACAGAUGAGUGAUGGCUCAGAAGGCAUUGCUGUCAAAGAGGAGCUGAAUAGCUCUGUGGCUAUUGCUGAUGUUGAUCUGGAAGACAGAAAAAAUAAAUCAGAUACUGUACAGACACUAAAAACAGUGAAGACAAAACGGAAAAAGUCAGCUGAGCCACUUUCAGCGCAAAGGACUAAAAAGCUGAAAAUUGAAGAAGAAACGAGCAAAAUUGGAAGCUUAGAGGGUGGGAAUACCAGUACAGAGACACCAUCCACAAGCACCAUGUGGCAAGGUACAUGCAAGAAGGAAAAGAAGGAUGAUGACUUUACAUUUGUUCCGUCCUCUUUUAAGAUAAUGAAGAUUGAAAGGUAUCCUCGGGGGCAGCCUGUCAGGGCUCCAGCAGAUGCCUAUAAUAUUAGAGAAGAGAUCCAAAUGCACUGGGAUAUAGUACAGGUUUUAUCUGAGAGAACUAACACUCAAAUUUGGGUUUGUGCCAAUAUCAUUCGUCUCUUUAAUGACGAUAACACAAUUCCCUUCAUUAUACGGUAUCGAAAAGAGCUGAUUAAUAAUCUUGAUGCUGAUGCUUUGAGAGAAGUUCGACAAACACUGGAAGAGCUACGGGCUGUUGCAAAGAAGGUUCAUAGUACAAUCCAGAAAAUAAAGAAGGAGGGGAAGAUGUCUGAGUACUUGUUAAAAGCUUUGCUGACCUGUAAAACUUUUGAAGAAUUAGAACAUGUGUCUGCUCCAUAUAAAACUGGGAGCAAAGGCACCAAAGCACAGAGAGCAAAACAGUUGGGAUUAGAAGGAGCAGCCAAGACACUACUUGAGAAUCCAGGGCAGCUCAAUCUGCCGUCUCACAUUAAACCUGGUGUUAAAGGGCUUUCGUCACUCCAGGAUAUUGAAGUAGGAGUGCAGCAUAUUUUAGCAGACAUGAUUGCUAAAGACAAAGAGACGCUUGAUUUUAUUCGACGAUUAUGCCAAAGUAGAGGUGUUUGUAUCCAGUCAUCUCUGGCAAAAGUGUCCUCCAAAAAGGUAAAUGAGAAAGAUGUCGAUAAGUUUCUACUCUACCAGAAUUUUUCAUGCAACAUAAGAAACAUCCAACAUCAUCAGAUUCUGGCAAUUAACCGUGGAGAAAAUUUGAAGAUCCUGACAGUUAAAAUCAACAUUCCUGAUGGAGUCAAGAGUGAAUUCUGUAGGUGGUGCAUCCAAAAUAGGUGGAGACCACGUGGCUUUGCAAGGCCGGAGUUAAUGCAGAUCUUAAAUAAUUCACUAGAUGAUUCCUUUAAACGCCUUAUUUAUCCUCUUCUCUGUAGAGAGUUUAGAGCCAAACUAACAUCAGAUGCAGAGAAAGAAUCGGUAAUGAUGUUUGGACGCAACCUUCGUCAGCUCCUCUUAACAAGCCCUGUACCAGGACGCACCUUAAUGGGAGUGGAUCCUGGUUAUAAACAUGGUUGCAAAUUAGCUAUAAUUUCUCCUACCAGUCAAAUACUUCAUACUGAUGUGGUUUACUUGCAUUGUGGACAAGGCUUCCAAGAGGCAGAGAAAAUAAAGAAGCUUUUGCUGGAUUACAACUGCAGUACAGUGGUGAUUGGAAAUGGAACUGCUUGCCGGGAAACAGAAGCUUACUUUGCUGACCUGAUAAUGAAAAAUUACUUUGUGCCACUGGAUGUUGUUUACUGUAUUGUCAGCGAAGCAGGAGCAUCAAUCUACAGUGUCAGCCCUGAAGCUAUCAAAGAGAUGCCAGGGCUGGACCCUAAUUUGAGAAGUGCAGUUUCCAUAGCAAGGCGUGUACAAGAUCCAUUAGCUGAGCUAGUGAAAAUUGAGCCCAAGCACAUUGGAGUUGGAAUGUAUCAGCAUGAUGUAUCUCAGACUUUACUUAAGGCAACACUGGACAGUGUUGUAGAAGAAUGUGUCAGCUUUGUGGGAGUGGAUAUUAACAUCUGUUCAGAAGUUUUGUUAAGGCAUAUCGCAGGACUUAAUGCCAACAGGGCCAAAAAUAUCAUUGAAUGGCGAGAGAAAAAUGGGCCCUUCAUCAACCGAGAGCAGCUGAAGAAAGUGAAAGGGAUGGGUCCAAAAUCCUUCCAGCAGUGUGCAGGCUUCAUCAGAAUUAACCAAGAUUAUAUCCGAACAUUUUGCAGUAGUGAGCAAAGUGAGCCUUCAGACCAAAUUCAAGGAGUUGCUGUGACGUCUUCAGCAGGUGUUGAGGUCACAAAUGAGAAGCAGAGCAAAAAGAAGCGCAAAACUACAGUGAAUGUUUCACUAAAGCCAAAUCCUUUGGACCAAACUUGUAUUCAUCCAGAAUCAUAUGACAUAGCAAUGAGGUUUUUACCAUUCAUUGGAGGGACACUGUGUGAGACUGGGAAACCUGAAAUGCAACAAAAAAUAAAUUCAUUCCUUGAAAAGGAAGGAAUAGAGAAAACUGCAGAAAGAUUAAAAACAACAGUACACACCUUACAGGUGAUCAUAGAUGGUCUCAGCCAGCCUGAAAGCUUUGACUUUCGAACAGAUUUUGAUAAGCCUGAUUUCAAGAGAAGCAUAGUGUGCUUGGAAGAUCUGCAAGUUGGGGCAAUUCUUACAGGCAAAGUCGAGAAUGCUACUCUGUUUGGAAUUUUUGUGGAUAUAGGAGUGGGGAAAUCAGGGCUGAUUCCCAUACGAAAUGUAACAGAAGCAAAACUUUCUAAAACAAAGAAGAGAAGGAGCCUAGGACUAGGCCCUGGAGAAAAAGUGGAGGUCCAAGUGCUCAAUGUUGACAUCCCCCGAUCUAGGAUUACUCUGGACCUCAUCCGGGUGUUGUGAGUGUCCUGCUGAAAACUAAACACUGUUUCUGUUCCCUCCUUUUAUUAAAGGCUGACAAAGAUAAGUCAGAUUUUUAUAAGUUUUAGAUAGUUGAUGAGAAAAUAUUCACUUAAUAUCAGAAAUAUCUUCCAAACAUGUUCUUUAUUUUUCCUUCUGAAUAAAUAGGAAACUAAUAGUUUGAUUUAUUUUCCCCUUAAAGAAAACAACUAAUAGACCUUCCUAUAUGGCUUUAUGUAAUACUGGUUUUCUGACCAAAAUAUUAGUUUUUGCGUUUUGUAAUUUGUCUUUAAUCCUGUUUCCAUUUUAUAUAAUGGAUGGCUUCACUUCUACUUACCAACUGGUAUGGAAUUGUCUUCUUGGUUUGAAUUCCACAGUGUUUGUUGACACGGUAGGGCUAGUAGUGUUUAGUCCUCCCAUUUUAUAGAUUUUUUUUUUUACCAGGCCUUUUGGAUUUGAUUAAUAAUUUUGCAAUAAUCUUUAUUUUCCCUUGCCAAGCAAACCAAAAAUAUACUAGUAAAAGUGAUUCUGAUUUGUUCGUAACCAUCGAGUAAAUGGCACAAAACAUUUCUCAGAAGGAUGUAUAAAUUGAUACCAACAAUAAAGUUUCAUGGCUGGUGA